UACUUUGUUUACGUGUCAUUGUCACUGUCAACUUGUCUACAAAGCUGAAAUUGUUUUGUGUCAUGUUAGUUUCUAAUUUCAGGCUUAAAUUUCUCAUGAUCGCUAAAACAAAGGUUUUGAUAUAAAAAUAUUUACUAAAUUAAACGUGAUGUGUGCGUAUAUGUGUGCAUUUUAAUAUAAGAAAGUGAAAUGAUAGAGGAACAGUUUAUAAGGAAAAGUCUAACUUCUAACACUUAAAACAACAUAAAUAAUAUUGUUAUAAAUGUCGUGGUUCGCGGAUCUUGCUGGCAAGGCGGAAAGCCUGCUCAACAACCUCGAUGAACAGACAGGUGUGGUUCUGCGCCAAAGUAAUGGUGUGAAAGAAAGAAAACAUGACAUCAUAUAUAACCACGAGAGUUCAUGGGGCCAGAAGAAAAAAAACAGUCCAAAGAAUACAAAAAAGAAUAUAUUUACUCCCGAACCAAGGUCAAAUUAUGCACCAACAGUAAAAACUUCACCAACAAAACCCCAUCAACCGCGAUCUUUGAUUAAACAAAAUCAAGAUAGUACUAGAACCAUCCAGGAAAACAUUAGAAAAAAGUCUCCAACACGGAGAACGGCCCAAUAUAAUCUCAAUAACAGCCCUAAGACAUUAGUUGGCGAUUUUAAUGACAGUAAAGGAAUUGAUCAUUUUGGACUUCGGCAUAGAAGAUUCAGUUUACCUUCAGACUUAGAAAUAAUAGACAGUGAAAAAUUAGCAUAUAAUAUGCAAAACUUGGAAGUUGAGAAUGCAAUGUUGAAAAAUGAACUUAAUGUUAUGAACAGAGAAAUUUCCGAACUGCUUGACAGAUUGCGUAUAACAGAAGAUGAACUCAAAAGCACACAAAAUAAAUUCGAAAAUAGUGAAAAAUUAAAUUACACACUACAAGAUGAAAAAGAUUCAUUGGUUGCACAAAUUGAGAAGAUUAAAUCACAGGAAAAUGAAUUCAAAAAUGUUCAAAGUAAAUAUAAAGAACAGAAUCAAGAUUUUGAAACAAAUAUCCACUUGUUGGAGUAUAAAAAUAGUGAAUUUGAAGAUAAAAUAAAAGUGCUAACGGAAGAAAUAAGUCAUAAGGAAAGAGCUCUAAAUAAAUUAGAAACUGAACUACGUCACGCACAAACAACUAUACUUGAACAACAAAGUAGCAUUGAAAAAUCAAAGACAGAGUGCAAUCGCUUAGAGAAAGAUUGGGAAGCUUAUAAAUUAAGAGUUAAAAACAUGCUCUUCGCCAAAGAUAAUGAAAUUAAAUCUCUACGAGAAGGAGCAAACCUCACUGAAGAUGCAAAAAUGUUAAUGGAGCAAAUAGAAACAUUAAAACAAGAAAAAGAAGAAUUAUCACAAUCAAUAACACUUGUUCGUAACGAAUGCAAUGAAAUAAAGCUAUGUAUGUCACAAUUGGAGCAACGUCACGCUGCUGCCGAGCGCGUCGUGACAGCCCUGAGGGACACCUUGAAAGAAGAGCGUAGCUCUAGGAAUAGGGCUGAAGUACAAUGUCUUACUCUUGGAAAGGAGUUGCAAUCUCUUCGGAUGGAGUCCGCCCAAACAAUAGCCAGUCUACGGACAGCUUUACAAAACAAAGAGGAGGAACUAAAUAAUCUUAUAAUCAACGAAACCGCGUCCACAGCACGAACGACUGAUACGAGCGCGUUGAACGUAGCAGACUAUGACGUCAUCAGAGACAUUGACAAUGAAAAGAUAGAAUAUCUGACGCAAAUGUUGAUACAGAAACAAGGAAAGAUAGACACGUUACUGGCCGAUAAUAAUAUACUGAGGAUUCAGUUGGAUAAAUUAGAGUCAUGCGUGUGGUGGCUCCGUAUAUGGGUGCGGUGUAGUGCGGAGCUGUACACGUGCGAUGGCACCUGCACUUUGCUGGCACGAUGUGACAAAAUGACCGUUUUGUUAUUUGAGACAAGCGUAAAGCCGGGUCCAGACAUGUAUCAUUUGCCCGAUCCGAUCACCGUAUCCGUAUCGUCGACGCGUAUCAUGAUCGCAUAUGUGGACGGUCUGGACGCAUCACUCGCGACGCUCGGUCGGUUGCACGUGCGCGUCAUUUUCAGUCCUUGCCGUGAAGAAAAAACAAUGAAUUGGAACAAUGAAAAUGUUAUUAAGGCCUAUAAAGAAAAGCAAGUUUUAUGGGAUCCCAGCCACAAAAGUUAUUACAACAGGAAUCUGAAGCAGGAGGCCUGGGAUGAAUGA